AUGUUGCCCUUCGAACAAAACGGCUACCGAUCCAAAGUCUUGGUCUUCGGUGCCGGUAACUUUGGCAGCUGUCUCGCUGACCACCUCGGAGACUCCUCCCACACUAUAUAUAUGUGGUCGAGAUCGGAGAAUCUGGUGCGUCACUUCAACAAGCACCAUCGCAACCCGGAGUUCUUGCAGGACCAUCAGUUCUCGGAGUAUAUUCAAGCGAUCGGUCCCGAAUUUCCAUCGAAAGAGAUCAUCACAGAAGUAGACGUGCUACUGUUUGCACUCCCGACUGAGGGUGUAAGGGAGACUCUGACUGCGCUGAAGCCAAGACUGGAUGAGGCAAAGUUACCACUUUUCAUUUUCGUCAACAAAGGGAUCGAGAUCGGGACUCGGGCUUUGACGUUGGAGAUUAUUGCGGAUACUUGUGGUCCGGACAUUGCGAAGGUCGCGACAUUUAUCUCCGGACCAUCAUUUGCAAAGGAGAUUAUCGAGCGACAACCAACGUCUGUUUCGGUAGCAUCUCUAUCAGAAUCGCACGCGACUAAGGCGUCCCAAUUAUUUCAUCAACCAUGGUUCAGAUGCUAUACUGGAGGGGAUCCGAUUGGCGUUGAACUUGCGGGAGCACUCAAAAAUGUGUACGCCAUUGCCGCAGGUAUCUCCGAUGGCCUUGGAUUCAUGAAUAAUACCCGAGCCAUGUUAAUCACUCGAGGCCUAGGAGAGAUGACCAGGAUUGGAGCCGCUUACGGCGCAUCUCCGCUGACAUUCUUGACGCUUGCAGGAGUAGGCGAUCUCUUCCUGACAUGCAGCUCGCCGACCAGUCGCAAUUACACAGUCGGGUACCGGCUGGGGAAAGGAGAGAAACUCGACUAUAUUGUUGAAAGUUUGGGCAGUGUAGCGGAGGGCGUUACGACUGCAAAAGGUCUGAAGGAGAUGGUCGACGAUUUGGAUGUGAGCGCCCCCAUCGCCACAGGCAUAUACGAGGUCUUAUACGAAGGCCAAAAUGUCGAAGAAAAGGUGAACUCGUUGCUGCGCCUACCGCCUAUCCGAGAAUUGGACUUGCCCAAUCAGACCGGAAAGCCUGUUCAAAAAUUAUUGAUAAAGCUGGGCCUUGCAGAAUGA